CAUUCCUUGCAUUUCAGAAGCUGAAGCCCGGGAAGCUUUUCUUGAGUACGCUUCAAGUCACUGUUGUUACAGCAGCAGCCCUGCCAAAGAGAUGGUGGUCAAAGAUCUACAGGCAUUCAACACAUAUCGAUAUCGCUUGGAGACCUUCACUGAAUCUAGGUCUUUGGAAUGGAGGACUAAACCAUUUACAGGUAAAAUUGACGUGCCUGUUGUCGUAGCUGAUUUGCCUUGGAAUGUUCCAGUCGCUGUUCCUAAGAUGUUUGAGAACAAUACCGAAGAAGUUAUGAUGCCUCACACAACUUCAAUAAAGGAAUGCUCAGUGUGCAUGGCUUCAGGAAAAAUAACCUGCAAACAAUGUAGUGGCCGCACUAAGGAUCAAUGCCACUGGUGUAAAGGAACAGGAGUAUUCAUUAGUGACACAUGCAGCCACUGUUCUGGAACUGGAUCUUCUUCUACCCUGUGUCGUGCUUGUUCUGGACGGGGAACAGUAAAUUGCAAAGAUUGUAAUGGACAAGGACGUUUGCUGACAUACAACGCACUGGUAGUUAAUUGGAAAAAUGACGUGUUUGAAUAUGUAGCGCAUCAAAGAAGUGACUUUCCUGCUAAACUGUUCCAAGCAGUUACGGGACAGAAGUUGUUUGUUGAUGAACAGGAUAUGAUUUACCCAAUUAUAAAUUUCCCUGAUAGCAGCAUAAAUGACGCCUCCAGGAAUGCUGUUGAGAGACAUCGCAGUCAGUUUACUUCUACAUCACGGAUACUGAGACAGAAGCAAACAAUUGAGCAUAUACCUCUUACCAGAGUGGAAUACAGAUGGCAUGAGGCAUCCUUCUCUUUUUAUGUUUAUGGAAAUGAACGCAAGGUGUAUACUGAAGAUUAUCCUAAAAAGUGUUGCUGUACCAUCAUAUGAUUUGUGGAUCAUGACAUUUUUGUCUGGACACAUGAUAUUCGGCCGGACGGGACGGCCUGGCUACGGGCGCGCGACACUUGCCAGUUGUGCCCGUUUGAUCGCGCUCGUAAAACCUGCCCAGCAUCCAUGAGUAUCCUGCAGCAACUUCUGCGUGUGAUCGGGGCCAUGUAUAUGUAGUAUGUAAAUGUCUGAAGCAAUCUACUUGUUUA